AUGGACGCCUCCUCCCUCCGCAUCUCCAAGUUCGAUGGAACUAACUUCCACGCCUGGAAGUUCAAGAUGCAGAUGGUGCUGGAGGAACGGGACCUAUGGGAGGUCGUCAGCGGUGAGAUCAAGGCGGAACAGUGCGAGACUCAGUUGGACCAAGCGACGUACAAGAGGAAGUCAAGAAAGGCGAUGGCAGUGAUCUGUCUAGCCAUGGAAGAUUCCCAGCUACCGUUGGUCCGGUCGGCAAGUGGUGCAUGCGACGCAUGGUCAAGGUUGGAAGACCACUUCGAGAAGAAGAGUCUUGCCAACAAGCUGUUCUUGCGCCGUCGCUUCUUCACGACAAUGAUGGAAGAAGGCGACGAUGUGCUCGAACACAUCAACAAGCUCAAGACGCUGGCGGAACAGCUAGAAGCGGUGGGGGCUCCAGUCUGCGAGGACGAUCUGGUGAUCACACUCCUCGGCAGCCUGAGUGACUCGUAUCAAUUCUUGAUCACAGCUUUGGAGUCGCGCUCAGACACUCUUAGCUGGGAGCUCGUGACGUCUCGACUGCUUCAUGAAGAAAUGAAGCGGAAGGAGCAAGGAAGUAAAGGUGAUGAAGCUUCGCAAGGUCAAGCGUUCAUCACAAGGGACAAUCAGCGCAAAGGGCGACCAGUGAAGAAGUCCUGGCCGUGCCACAAUUGCGGAAAGAUUGGUCACUGGAUGGCGGAGUGCCCCUCGCGCAUCCAAGAAAACACGGAGAGACACCGGCCACAGCGUGCUCAAGACAGCGGCGACCGCUAUCGAUCACAACGUGCAAACGUCGCUCAAGAAGAAGACUCGGGCGACUACCUCUUUUCGAUCGGUGAAACGACAUCUGCGAAAUCGAGCGACAUCUGGCUGGUCGACUCCGGGGCGACGCAGCACAUGACGUGCUCCAAGAAGUUCAUGCGGAACUACAAGGGGUUUGACGCUGUGGAUGUCCAUCUCGCGGAUGAUGGAAUCGUCCAAGCAAUCGGCAGUGGGGACAUUGUCAUGUCGAUGAAGACACCCCAAGGGAUGAAGAAAGGUGUGCUCACAAACGUGUGGCACAUCCCAAAGUUAUCCAGAAACCUGUUCUCGGUCGGCCGCUUCACCAAGGAUGUCGGCCCAGUGACGUUCACGAAGGAUGGGUGCUAUGGAGAAGCGAAAGGGACCAAGUGGAAAAUUGGUGCCCGUGAAGGUAAAGGACUGUUCAAGCUGCAAAUGACUCCAGUGGCGCCGGAACAAGCAAAUGCAGCCAAGUCGUCGGGAUGUCAAGGGGGCACCAAGUCGUACCUCUGGCACCUUCGGCUUGGCCACAUAGGUCACGAUGGACUCAAUUGCAUCGUGACGAAGAACAUUGGAAUUGGCAUCGACAUAUCUUCGGUGAAGAAGUGGGACGUGUGUGAAGGUUGUGCUUGA